AUGUCAAGAAUCCCUAGUGUACAACCACACAGCCAUUCGGCGUUGCCGAAACCAAGUGAGCGUAAUCAUGCACCUUCACACGGCGGUGCAUUUCAGGGAGAUCCAAUCAACCCCCACCGCUACUCGCAUUCACAACGUGGACCGUUGUUGAGUAACAAUCUCUUGCCUGGUCAACAGAGCGUGCCGCAGGAACUAUCGAGAAUCCGUCAUGCUCAAAGCCGUGCGAGCAGCAACCACUUACAUGCGCAGAAGAGUUCGUCACGAAGAGAGCCGAUGCAACCGUCGACUAUACCAAGCGGCAAUCAGUCACAGUCACAAUAUAGUGUGCCGCGUCGAGAGCCGAGCAACAGGAAAGCCUAUUCACAUGGCAUGUUGGCAUUACCUAUGCCAAGCAGCAAUCAUACACAUUUACAAGACAGUCCAUCGCAAAGAGAGCCUAGCAGCUAUCAGUCACAUUCUCAGAGCAUCGUACGCCGGAGACAGCCGAGCGCUACUCACUCGCAAGUCGAAGGCGAUACUCCAUCGGCGACCAGAUCGACUGGCAAUGACUCCUCCCAUUCAUACGGCAGCGAUGGCAGCGUGCUACAGGAAAAUCUUAGUACUGCCAUCAAUGGCUGGUCACAACACAGUGUGUCACGCGAAGACUCCUCAGAUUCGGAAGUCAGUCGCUCGCUGUCUCCGUCCCAAGGAGAACGGAAAGUCAACUAUCAAGCAUACGCAGAAGCGUCAGAAACGGCUCCGACUGUUGCUAAUGUCUCAUCGUCAGAUUUAGAAAGCACUAACUCGUCCGAACCAGAAGCAGAUUCUUCGCGGAGUGUAUGGCAAGGAGAGCCUAAUUUUCAUCCAUAUGCUCAUACAGAAGAAGCGUACAGUGCCUCGUACAGUCCGUUGCAAUCGGAGACGAAUUCUAGCUCAUUCGGAUAUGCAGAAGUCACUAAAUCAGACGAAGAGCCGAACAACUACUCGAAAUCCGAAGAUAGUGCCUUGUCAGGUUCAGAGGCCGAACACUCCCCUGAUGCAUUACAAAUACAGCCGCAUUCUGGCACACUUGCAUAUGCAGAAGCCAUUGAAUCAGACGAAGAGCAGAACUACUCGCAGUCCGAAGGCAGUUUAUCGGGGGAUUCAGAAGCAGAUCCUUCGUUGAGUUUAUCGCAAGGAGAGCCAAACUUCCACCCUUAUGCACAGACGGUACAAACACAACCGAAUUUCGAGCCUUGUGAAGACACACAAGCCACUGUAUCAGACGAAGACCCGGAAUUCGAAGGCAGUGUCUCGGCCGAGCCAGAAGCCGACCCCUUGUGGAAUGCGUCGCAAUCAGACCUGAAUGUCAAUCCUUAUGCCUAUGAACAAGGCAAUGCGUCGUAUGAACAGCCAAAUAUGCCCUACUCCUCAGAUUCCGAAGACGAACUCUCCCCUGAUGUUGGUGCAGUACAAGUAAAUCCAUAUUUCAACACUUAUGGAGGCGCAGAAGCUUACGGUGCAUUGCAACCACCGCAAAAUAUCUCUUCUUAUUCAUUUCCACAAUCGUACGAGGCCAUAUAUGGCGCUCAACAAACGGAGCCGAACGACAGUUACUCUUCAUCGGAUGCUGAAGGCGAUGAUGGGUCCUACGGUGCUUUACAAACAGAGCCCAAUUUCGAUGCUUACUCAUUUCCACAGACUUCCGGGGCAUGGCAAACAAUGGUAAAUGUCCAUCCGUACGCACAUAUACAACCCAGUGCUCCGUAUGGUGAUGUGUUUCAAUUUGAACCAAACAAUGCUUAUUAUCACCCAGAAAUCGCUUCAACUGAUUCAGACAGCGACUAA